AUGGGGGAAGAGCGGCCGCAAGACGGCAGAACAGAAGAGGAAGAACAACGAAAAUUCGAAAAGGAAAUGUUAGAAUGGCGCGAAAAACAGCCAAAGAUGAAUAGGUCGGGUCCUCCAAAGCACUCGACUCUAGUAGGGGAUGACCUGUUAAAGGAAAUUAACAAAGAAGAGGAAAACGAAGGAGACAAAAUGGAGGAAGACCCCUCAGUGGAAAUUGUGAAAAUGGGGGAUAAAGAAGUAGAACGGAGAGAAGAAGAGCAAGGUGAGUCAUAUUGGCAAGAUAUAGAAGAGAGCGUCCUAACAGCUUUCCUGUUCGACGAAGCGGACAGGGAAGAAAUACAGCAAAACAAAAAAAGGAAAGGCGAUAGCCUAGAAAUGAACGAAAAAUUUAAACGAGAAAAGAGAGAAGAAAGCAAAAAAUACUCAGAGGAGACGGAAAACGAAAGAGUCCAAAGAAAAUUAAAAGAGGUAUUGGAGAUCCUAAAUGGUAAAGGACCUAUAGAGGGGGAGAAUAAGGCUAAAGCAAGAAAGUUAAUUGGAGAAAUAACCUCUAUCCAAAAUAAAACGAGUCAGAAUCAAAAUCAAACGGUGCAGGAGGAGGGUCACUUGAAAUGCGAACAGUGCAAAAUAAAAAUGGAACAAGAAAGACAAAAAAAAGAAACGGAGAAAAUAAUAAAAGCGUUAAACAAAGGGGGGGACAUAAAUAAUUUUAGCCAGAUAUACAAAAAGAAAUGGGAGGAGAAGAGCGACAUUAAAAAAGGAGGGGUAGAAAGUGUCAUACGGACCAUCCGGGAAGACGUAUAUGAAAUCAUCGAGGGAUGUAAAGAAGAGAACGUGGAAUACAUAGAGAAUGUCAAGAAAAGUUCCAUGGCAAGCGAAAGGAGGGAAUGGUUUACGUAUGUUGUAAAAAUAAAGAAGCACGGUAUGUACGAAAUGGCCGAGAGGGCCAUAAAGCAAAUUAAGGAAAGGGAAACGCCGCCGCAGACAAUACGAGUGAUAAUAAAUAAUGAGAUCAAUCAAGAAGAGGUGCGGAAAGCUUUGGAAUUCGUGGGUAGAGGGGAAAAUAUAAUAUGGGAAUUAGUUAUUCGAGGAAAAGAAAUGGACAAGGGAGCCAGGCAUGAACAGCAAGAAGCCCUGAUUAAAACAGGGGGGAAGAAGUAUACCGAUGUUCUAAAAGAAAUGAACGAAAAGAUAAACAUCGGGAAGAUAGGGGUGAAAGUAGAUAGAUUAAAGAAAACGGAAGGCGGGGACAUCCUCGUAAAAUUAAAGGGGAAAGGAGCUGCCGACAAAUUAAGGAAAGAAAUGGACACGAGGAUGUCCGGCUUAAACAUGGCUGUUAGACGGAAAGAAAACCACUUUACCAUAACCGGCAUGGAUCUCGGGUCACGGAGGAGAAGUUACAAAACGCUAUAA